UUGAAAUAGACAGCCCUUGGCUCCCGUCUUUCCAGGGAGGGAGAGGGAUAGAGAGCAGGCAAGACAGCCAGCCUCCCAGACUGCCUUUGUCUGCUCCUCAGUGUCCGCCGCACCAACAUUGUUGUGCCGAGCAACCCAGGCGUGCAAGGAUACGGAGGCUUCAUUGGUGAACGUGGAGAGAUUUCCAGGCUUUGCACUCAUCCGUCUCUGAUUUUUCCUCCUUUCUUUGCAGAACGUCGCUCUUUGGAAAGGGCUGUUUUUCUCCUGCUAAAUGGUUGACAAGACGGAUUCAGCAUUGGUGAGACCCAUCACAAAUCCGGUACCAAACAAAGCAUUGUAAGAAGAGGUGAGCGGCUACCACACCUGAAUUGCAUGCUGUCUAGAAAGGACAGAUUUUCUUCCACUGUACGGUUUGGACAAGACAGAUUUGGGGUUGGCGAGCCUGGCAUGUGAGACCCGUUGCGGCCUUUGACACCCAUCAGGAACCAAGUGGGAGUAGAAACAUUGUAGGAAGAGGUAAGCGGCUUCCAGCCUCUGGAGCAUCAUGCCAGUGGAGACGCUCCAGGCCAGCCACGCCAUGAAAGGCAUCUCGGUGACGGCAGCCCCUUUCACUUCGGCCAUGCCCUUCCGCAUCCUCAACAAGGGCCCUGAAUAUUUCCGCCGGCAAGCCGCCAGUGCUCCUCCAGCUGCCAAGAAGCUGAGCGCCGUGGAAAGGUUGGAGGCCGACAAGGCCAAGUACGUCAAGAGCCAGCAAGUGGCCACCACCAAGCAGGAACCGGUGAGGCCCCUGUUGCUCAAACAGCCGCUCUUCACACCGGGGGUGAGGCGGGUGAUGCUGACUCCGAGCCGCAAGACCCCGCAAGGCAGCCGCUGUGGGGCCAAGACCUCCCUCAACUUAGACAUCCUUAACAACCUGAUCAAUUUUUGUGACAGCCCACUCUCGCCCUUCCCCAAAGCAGAGAAGAGCCCGCUGGAGUCCAAGUGGAUGUCUGAGGAUCGUAGUAGAAGCCCUGUGUAUCUCCCAGGCACCCCAAAGACAAAGAGUGGCCCCUCAGAAGGUAUGAGUAAGCUGUCUCAAAGCUCGGCUUCUUCAUCCUCUAAGCCGCCCAGCACCGUCGCCGUGCGCAGAGUGGACGUCCGGCCCUGCGGACCAAUGAGGGCCAGAGUCACCCCGGCUAUCCAGCUGACGCCCGUCCCUACCUCUCCGGCUCAGGCCCGGAUCUUGUCCGCCAGUCCUCUGAACUCCCCUAGUCCCUGCGGCGAGCUGCGGCCGGACAGCGCCAAGCGCCAGACCUGCUUGCACCGCUCCAAAUCGGACCUGAGUGACCGGUAUUCACGAGCCACGGCCGACCUGGAGCGCUUCUUCAACUACUGCGGCUUGGACCCCGAGGACAUGGGGGACAUGGAGGUGGAGCGCUUCACCCGGGCCAGUUCGGACAUUGUGUCCGUCAAGUUCCACAGCGUCAGCACGGCCAGCUCCGAAGGGACCCGCUCCCGGCGCAGCGCCGUCACCUUGGAGGAGCGGCAGGCCGAGCGCAUGCCCUACGGCAUCUCCAUCGUCGAGCGCAACGCCCGGGUCAUCAAGUGGUUGUACGGACUGCGCCAAGCCAGGGAGUGCCAAAAGGUAUCCAACGUAUAGCUGGCCCGCGGAGGAUGAAUGGAAAGAGAGCAAGGCCUUCCUUCCCAAGAUGGUUUUCUCUGUGUCUGUUUUGCUAUUGACCGUGGUGGGGAAAGUUUUGCAGCUGUUUUGCAUGGUUUUUGUAGGGGGUCCCUUUUGGGAAGCAUCGUCUUACGUGUGCAUGUGUGUGUAUGUGUUUUUUUGCAGUAACUCUGAUCAGGGAUCUUUCAUCCAAAAUAAACCAGGUCUUCAUGAUAUAGGUCAGAAUAAUCCCACUGCAAAGAGAAGAUGGUUUGAACACCUUCAUGUAUUAAGAUUUAGGGAACAAGGCAUGGCCCUCUAGAAUGUGUUGGGACUAUAAUCCCCCAAAUGUUAGUUACUAUAGCCCAUGAUGCUGGGAGCUAAAGUCUCAAACAUUGAACUAUACCUUGCUCCCAAAUUAAACCCCCUCACAUAGAAAAAUUGGAUGGUUCCAUAGAAUUUCUCCUAUUUUCAGGAUUUGUCACUACUGUCAAUGGCAUCUGAUUUCAACUCCCAUCAUCCCCAAGCAACAUAGGUUCUUGGGAAUGAUAGGUGCUGUCAAACAGAUCUAGGAAGUGUCACAGUGGCUGAGCUGUAAAUGUAAAUAUUGCAAAGCCAACCUAGCAGAGAAAUCCUGAAUGAACUUGGCUGGAAUGUAUAUGGAAUGACUUCGAGAGCUGGGUGUGUUUAGACUGGAGGAGGGAAGACCGAGAAGUGACAUGAUGGCCAUGUUUAAAUACUUGAAAUGAUGUCAUCCUGAAAAUGGAGCAAGCUUGAAUCUGCUGCUCUGGAAACUAAGACACAGACAGAGCAAUAGAUUCAAACUGCAGGACAAGAGAGGACACCUAAAUACUAGGAAAAGCUUCCUUGCUCCAAGAGCACAUCCGAAGGUGAUGGACUUGCCUUUUUUGGAGGUCUUCCCAUAGAGGCUGGAUGAGCAUCUUUCUGGAGUGUGUUAUUAUAUAGCAGGAGGUUGGCUUGGAUGGCCUUUGGAGGUCUCUUCUAACUGCGAUUCUAUUCCCAACAGUCUCUGGACCCUGAAUGCCAUCCACCCAUUCACCUCUUUGCUUUGCUUUGGGUUGCCAAAUGACACAGAGAAGGUUUAUAGCAAAGGCACACAACCCCAGUUGGGUAACAAUGGGAAAUCUUGAGGGCGAGAUUGCUGUAGAAAUCAGAAACCCAUUGUGAGGCAGCCACUGGAUUGCAAGCUGCUUUUGUCUGGAAUCUACCUGGGUGCCCAGCAGAGAGCCAGGUGCGCUCAGACACCCAUUGUGGCAUUUUUGGGGCAGGGCAUCUUUCCAGCAGGAGCAAAACUGGGCAGAGUAAUGAAAUCUGUGCUAAAUGUUCCCAGAAACCCAGUGCAAGGAUAUGGGGAUCUAUCGGAUCCUAUUAGGGUGAAUCUUCCAUCAGACGAUUGCUCUCUGUUGCCUGUUCAUGAACCUCUCCAUCCCAGAAUGUGGAAAUGUUAUCUUUUGGGUAUGGCUGGCUGGAGGAUUCUGGGAGUUGUAGUCCCCAAAAGGGCAUAUUGCCACGCUCUAGCCUUUUGCUUUCAAGCAGGGGUCACAAAUGUGGAUAACAAGCUGCUAUUGACAAACAGGGUAUUAUUAUUAUUAUUAUUAUUAUUAUUAGGUUUCAAUGAACCUUUUUACAGGUGGUUUUCAUUGUCCAUGUCUUGCUAAAUUAAAACACCUGUGAGUAUUUUCCUCCUGUUUGCAACCUAGGAGUAAAGGUGGGUUGCAGCAAAUUUCCCCUCUGAUUUAUUUCCUGGUGGGUUCUGAUCCUUUUUGUUCCUUGAGUUACAUGACCUCAUUUUGAUGCCUUUCCAAUGCAACGAAUCUUUGUUGUUUCAGUUGAACUAUGCUUCUUUCACUCCCUCUGCUUGCAUUGGAUUCACAUGGGGUUAUUUCCUUGAUUCUUUGAUGGGAAGUCAGAGCCAUUUGACCUCCAUUGGUGCAAGAAUUGAUGCACAUUGUUGGCUUUAAUGUGGACUUUAAGAUGGAAGUGACCUGUGUUCUAAUCCCUGUCCACUUCUGUAUGUGCACUG